AGAAUUUAUAAAACAAAUAAUAAGAAAACACGCUUUACAGCCGUUUAGUACAUUUGAGUGGCACAUAGAAACUGAUCUGCCAAGAGGAUUCGGUACUAGCCAAACCCAGGCCUCCAACCCACCCUGGGGUCUGCCCCGCCCCUCCAUCGCGGCCAAUCAGCGGCGAGCGCGGGAAGGGCGCACAGCCGCUGACUGAGCGAGUCGAUCGGAAGACGCGGCCGGGCUAGCGCAGCGCGCGCUCGUCACCUUCUCACGUCUGCCGGUGUCUUCCGGGGUCGGCCGGCGGGACCCCCGCUCCCUCAUACAGGAUGCUGUGUUUUCUGCUCCUUUGUGAAUGUCUGUUUCUGGUAGCUGGUUUUGCUCAUGAUGAUGACUGGAUUGACCCCACAGACAUGCUUAAUUACGAUGCUGCUUCAGGAACAAUGAGAAAAUCUCAGGUGAAAUAUGAUAUAUCUGAAAAGAAGGAUGUCAGUCCUGACUUAUCAAAUGCUGAUGAAUUAUCUAAAUGUUAUCUCAGACUUGAUUCUUUAAUUUAUAAGAUUGAUGAAUGUGAAAAGAAAAAGAAGGAAGACUAUGAAAGUCAAAGCAAUCCUGUUUUUAGGAGAUACUUACACAAGAUUUUAAUUGAAGCUGGGAAGCUUGGACUUGCACUGGCAGUUACAUUUACCAACUUCGUAACAGAGCCCUUAAAGCACAUUGGAAAAGGAACUGGUGAAUUUAUUAGAGCGCUCAUGAAGGAAAUUCCAGUGUUACUGCAAAUUCCAGUACUGAUAAUCAUAGCAUUGGCUGUCCUGAGCUUCUGCUAUGGUGCUGGAAAAUCAGUUAGUGUGCUAAGGCAUUUCAGUGGUCCUGAGCGAGACCCUCCCCAGGCACUGCCGCCAGGUGACAGACAACGACAGAAGGAAAUUGAUUAUAGACUCCGUGGUGGAGCAGGUGAUGCAGAUUUCUAUUAUAGGGGUCCAGCUGGCUCCAUUGAGCAAGGCCCUUAUGACAAAACUUAUGAGUAUAGAAGAGAUGUUUUGAGACAGAGAGAUGUUGACUUGAGAUUUCAGAGUGGCACCAAGAGCCCCGAAGUGCUCCGGGCAUGUGAUUUACCAGACACUGAGGCACAAGCUCAUCCCGAGGUAGAACCCAGCCAUAAAUCACCAAUUUUGGAUACAAAAUCCAAAGAGAUUAGUGGACUCCCAAGAGAAAGCACCCUGUUGGAACACAGCCAGUCUGCUAAGAUUGUCCCUGGCCAGGAGGCAUUGGGGCCUAUGGAAGACUCAUCUGCAGAAGAAAAGACCCAGACCCAGCUGAAGACUGAAGAGACCCAGACCCUGCUGAAGACUGAAAAGACCCAGACCCAACUGAAGACUGAAAAGAUCCAGACCCAGCUGAAGACUGAAACUGAAGGCAGCCUGCACAGCCCAGCAGGAACCCUAAGUGGGAAGGAUCCCAUUGGCAACCCAUGUGGCUAGAGGAACACAGACACAGGCCCACCUCUGAAAUCAUCGUUGCAUUUUAUACCAUUUGGGAAUCUGCUUUGACAAGCUAGCAAAGCAACAUGUUACUGUUAUUGAAUGAAUUACAGCAAUUCAGGGAAGACUUUAAGUAAAUUGAAUAAACAUAUCAAGGCCAGUUCAUUGCCUGAAGAGAGAGUUAAGUUUAGCCAGUGUUGGUCACUCACAUUUAAUGUUUAUGUAACAUCUAUUUCUAAGAAAAUCAGAAUGGGGUAGACAGCUGUCAAAAGAAAUGUUUAUGUUAAAUGUUUACAGGGUGUAAGAACCACUGUACACAAAAAUAAACACUUAUUUUUUACAUAGCUA